CGACCCGAUCUCAGGCCUACAAGAAAGUACUAUGUAAUCUUCUAUCGGAAGGCCUCUAUCUACACCGAUAAGUCUACACUUGUACAGUUCCAGAUGAUGCUCAGCCACCGAUGACAUUAUACCUGAUAAAACCUUUUUUCUUUUGGGAUUUUGUUGUUCGCUCAACAACGGGGGAAGAGAGAGACGGGAAGCUCUUGCUUAAAAGAAAACAAGGGGAAGGUUUUUCUGGGCUGGGAAAUCAGUGUUCUUUCUGGUGUUUGGUCUAAUGAUUUUGGUUCAUUUUGAGUUUGAUUGGAAGAUUCUUUCUCUGCUAUUUGAACCAUCUGUAAAUUCUGAUCCCCCGAAUCUUCACAAGCAGGUGAUUUUGGUUACUUUGGCUGCGAAUGUGAAAGUUUAUUGCUUUGAAAAUGUUUAAUGUCUGUGGCGAUCCUAAUAGUUCACAUCUGUUACCAUGUUCAAUUUACCGUUAGCUCUGCAAUUAUGUCAUUUGUUCAAACCAAAUACAUCUUUGACAUUCGGAACUGGUACUUUUAGGAUUGCCCCUUCUUCAUUAUCUAAACAAACAUAACAACUUGCAUUACAAUAUAUUUGAAUUUAGACUAUACAAUAUAAUUAAAAAAAAAAAAAAACAAACGGAACUAACAGGAAUAUAGGAUCAACCACUAAGAAGUUGAGUAAUGAUUCUAUUCUAAUUGUUGCUGUAGGCCAAGUUUAAGUUACUGUAAGCAUAUGCCAAGACUCAGAAUGAAAAUACAUGAAUAUAUUUAAUGCAAGUUUAGAAUGCGUUUGUGCAGAGUUCUGUGAUCAAUUACUAUUUAUAUUCCUUACAUGGUCAAGCAGUGAACAACCAUGAGGAAUGCUAUUUGUAUGCUUUAGUAAACAUUGGCUUUUAUAAAGACUGAAAGCAUUUCCUGCUUGGUGAUUUUUCUGGAUGAUGCUUUGCAAUUUUGAAUUUGAUUAGCUGCUAAUCAAUUUCAAUAACUUGUAUAAUCUUUUUGUCUGUUUCAAUGAACCAUUCAUUAUUUCUAGGUUUUCUCAUUGCUUUCAUUUACUAAUGUUGUGAUUUUGGGAAAAUACUUGAGACCUUGACACUCUAUUUAUGUUUGCUUUAAAAUAAACCUGCAGAUUGAAAUACACGACUAACUUGAAUUGAUUUGAUUUCAACAAUAUGCCAGAGCUCUAGCUUUUGCUAAAUGAUUAGUGAACUUUAAAUUCUUAUAUGCUAUGAUUUCUAUGUGAGUUAGAUUUGUGGAGAUUGAUUUUGGGUUAAGAAAUUACUAGACGGUAUUAAGUGUUCACUUUUGAAACCUGACUACUUGACUACUGGUCCAAUGUACAGAGUCUCAUUAUCAAGGGGGUUAUAGACUUAUAGCUCAUAGGCAGUCAUAGGUUUGGUUCAUUUUACCUUGGAAGGCUUCCAGCUCACAAUAGGUGGCUCUGAUAAGUGUGGUUUGAUAAUGCCCUACUUGGCUUGGCCUCUGUCAUUAAUAAUUUCACUUCUUAUAUCAUCAGAUGUUACUAUGAAAAUUUUGUAUGCCCUACUUUGAGUUGUAGAGCAUUGAGCACUGUAGGAUUUGUCUAUGCAAAAAUAGGUUCUAUAUGUUACUGACCUUCGCAUUCAUAGUUUCUCCUUUGUUUUUUUCCUUUUCGUUACAAGAUUGUGUGAUUGAUUUGCUAAUAUUUGUUGCCUUGAUUGGGUAUUCAAUCUUGGAGUUGAAAUCCCACUCGAACAGAUUCCAAUAGUCCAAGAGGAAAUAACUCAAGUGUGUAGGCAGCUAAACAAUGUAUUUGUAGCUUCUCAACUACUUGCAGCAUGAUUGAAGACCCAACAACCACACACAGUUGAGUGCCAUGAUGAAUAUUUUGUCCUCGCCUUGUUGUUGGAUUGGACAUUCAGUGUGAUGAACCAGUUUCAAAGAAACCGUGUGCUUACCCAUCAUGGACUACACACAAUCAACAAGAGUCAUUAGAUUGCAAAACACUAUCAGAGGUUUUAAAGAGCUUGGAAGGGAAGGUGCCUAACUUGAAAAUUUUCACCUAUGAACGAUUGGAUCGGUUAAAGAGAACUGAUAUCUUCACUGAAUGUGAAGUGAGAUGUGAGACAGAGUAAUCUAGAAGUUUUUUUUAUAUCAAAGAGUAAUCUAGAAGUGAAGGAGAAUAUUUACCAUAUGCGAAUGAUUUUGGUUUGGUUUCUUUUCUAUUUUGUUUUGAAUUGGUUUGCUUAUUUGAAUCCUUUUCUUUUCGUUUAAUUUUUGUUAGUUGUUAGUUCAGAUAGGAAAAAAAAACAAUUUACAAUUGUUAUACAACUUGAAUGCAUUUAUACUACCCGCAGCAAAGCGUGGGAUCUCUAACUAGUAUACAAAGAGAGACAGAGACGUAGCGGAACAGAGGAACAAAGAUGGCAGCAGAGGAAACUGGUAAAUGCUCUGAAGCCUAUCCAAUGAAAGGUGGAGAUGGCCCCAGCAACUAUGCCAAGAACUCCAUCUACCAGAAAGGAGUAAUUGAUGCUGCCAAAGAACUUCUAAAUAAGGCAAUUGCAGAAAAGCUUGACAUUGAAACAUUUUCAUCUGCCAACUCCUUUCACAUUGCAGAUUUGGGUUGCUCAGUUGGGCCCAAUACAUUUUUGGCGGUUGAAAAUAUACUUGAAGCUGUUCUAUUCAAGUAUCAAAGCCGAGGACUGAAUUGUCAAAUCCCUGAAUUUCAAGUCUUCUUUAAUGAUCAUACCUCAAAUGACUUCAACAUGCUCUUCAAUUCCCUCCCUCAGAAUAGGCAAUACUAUGCUGCGGGUUUGCCUGGUUCUUUCUAUGGUCGAAUACUCCCCGAUGCUUCUAUCCACUUUUUUCACUCUUCUAUUUCCCUUCAUUGGCUUUCUAGAGUACCAAAAGAUGUAACAGACAGCAACUCCCUUGCUUGGAAUAAAGGGCGAAUACAUUACUUAGACUCCACAGAUGAAGUAGUGAGGGCUUACGAAGCGCAAUAUGCUGAGGACAUGGAGUGCUUUCUGCAUGCCAGGGCACAAGAGACAGUACAUGGAGGACUGAUGGUAAUUACUACUCAUGGCUACCCAGCUGAUACACCACCUGCUCAUUCUCGGGCAAAUAUCAUUUAUCAAAUUUUAGGAUCUUGCCUCAUUGACAUGACUAGGAAGGGAGUAGUCAGCGAGGAGAAAAUAGAUUCAUUUAAUGUGCCUAUAUACUAUGUGUGUCCCCAAGAACUGGAAGCUGCUGUAGAACGAAAUGGAUGUUUUAGCAUAGACAUAAUGGAACACUUACCUACUGUGAUGGAACAAGAUACUAUUUCAAAAAAUAGCAAACUCAUUGCAUCUCAUACGAGAGCUGUCAUGGAGGGACUCUUCAAGCAGCAUUUCGGAGAAGAAAUCUUAGAUGAGCUCUUCGACUUGUUUCACAAGAAAGUUGAAGAGCAGCACUCCGCAUUUGAGUCAGGGAAGGUAGUGGACAUCCUUAUUGUGCUUAAACGCAAGGCAAAUUGAUUUCAACAUCCUGCUUUCGAUGAUAUGUCAGUUCAGUUCUCUUAUUGUACGACUGGCAUGUAAAAUUGCUGCAAUAUGAAUUUGUAAGCCAGCCAUAUAUAAGAAGGAGAAAGAUGAUCUCCAGCACAAAUGUGAGUUUAAGUUGUGACUGAUGUUGUACUCAAACAUCUUAUUAACAGUAAAAUAAAGCUCAUUUGGACA